AUUAUCAAUUUCGUUGUUGUCGCUAACAGCCCGCGUCUCCUUCUUUGUCUUCUGUCCAAGAUAAAUGCUAUUGUGUUUGAAGUAAUCUUCAAUUUCGGACAGUUUCUUCCUAUGCGUUUCCGGGAGGAACACAAAAGUGAAGAUAACGGCCCCGAGGGAGAGCCCGGAGAAAAACCACUGAACCCCCGCCGAGCCACCCAAGGCAAUUUCCAUAUUGACGUAAUUUUGCACGGCAAAAAACAUAAUCAUGUUGACAACACUAAGAGAAAUACUAUGAGCCAUACUCCGGAUUUUUAAUGGAAAUAAUUCAGCGGUCAUGGUCCAUGGUAUUGUCAAUAACCCCACCAUGGACGCCACCACGUAAAACAGGAGGAACAACACGGGAACCCAUGUCAAGUUAGUGGUACCAUCCUUGAUCCAGGAAGUGAACAACCCGGAAACCAACAUGGCGGCCGCCAUCCCGGACCCACUUAUCAUUAUCAGGAGUCUCCGGUUGAAACGCUGGAGCAUCCAAGUGUUCAAAAGCGACAUUAUCAGUCUUAUCACUCCGAUCAAGAUCGACGCGAUGUAGGGAUUCACAGUGGUGCCAACAUUCUCGAAAAAACUGACUGAGUAAAAGAGAAAAAUGUAAAUCCCUGAGUAUUGUUGGAAGAAAAAAAGACCGGAAAGGAUCAAAAGGGGCUUAUAACCAGUGGGUUUGAGAAACUCGCGAAUGACGUUGCCCCCAUCUUGGGGGUCACUUUUCUUCGUUUCGUCUUCUUUCACCAGAAGAUUGAGUUGCAUUUCGGCGAAAGUUUUACUCUAAAAUUGAAUUUUUAAUUUUGGGGGUUAUUCCAAGGUCAAGUACCUGGUUUGGGGGCUGCGGUUGGUAUUUAUGGAACCAGUUUAGGGCCUUUCGGGCCUCUUCAACCCUCCCUUUGGAAAUCAACCAAAUCGGACUUUCGGGUAUCAAAAAUAUGAGACAAAACGGAAUGAUUAGGUAAAUGUUGCAAAGCCAAGCUAUCAGCCUCCAAUUUAUUAACCAACCCUUGAAAUAUGCAAUUACCAUCCCCAAAGACACGUAGGUGGGCCCCAACGCUAUCAGUGACCCCCUCAUGUCUUUCCGCGCGAUUUCUGUUAUGUAAACCACGGCGGGGUUUGUUGAUAAGGCUAGAAUUUAUCAUUUAGGGAAAAUUUCACUCAUUUUUGUAAUUUACUAGAGGCAAGGCCUGAAAAAAUCCUCCCAAUUAUAAUCAUGGGGACGCUCCCUGAAGUCGCAAGGAGCACCCAACCAAUCACCCCUGGCACUACUGAUAGUUUCAAAACUGCGAUUCGGCCCCACUUAUCCAUCAAAUAGCCGCUUAAAAUUGACCCGAAGGGGGCCACAAGGGCUAAAACACUCGCAAUCCAAGACGUUUCCGUUUUAGUUACCGGAAUAUCACUACUGCUCUCCAAUUGGGGGAUCAAAACCGCCGAAUAUGCAAGGGCUAUGCCCACAACGAUGUGAUUUGACGUUGCAAUGACUGCUGCAAUAAUCUAUUUAAAAUUAGUAGAGUUUAAGUUUGUCAAACUUACUUGAGGUGAAAGAUUUUUGAAGUUGCGUUGUUCAUAUUGACUCAGUGAUUUUGUACUAGCAGUGAAGUCGAGUCGGGUGUCUCGUUGGGCGCUAUAAUCGCAAUUUUGAAUGAAAUUCGCAAUUUGGGGGUAAUUACCUUAGAUUGUAACUGCUUGCACUACAAAAAUUAAUUAAAAAAGUGUUUUAUGAUUGAAGGAGUUUACCUUAAAGGGUCCAUGACGAGUACUACAAAAUUUCAGGUAUUUAAUCGCUUAAAUAGAAUUGAUGUCAAGAUAGUAUUAUCAUUUCAAUUACUAAUUAAAAUUUUGAUUAUUAAGAGAAUUUAAAAUUGCCGCCUAAAUUUAGACAACACAUUAUACACGCAAACAUAACCAAAAAGAAAUGGCUUCAGUGUCAAUUAAGAAAGAGAUUCCUGAUUAUAUCCUGAUUGAGGAUGAUGUCAAAAUUGAGGAGACUUGUCUCCAAGCCAGUGAGGGGGCUAUCAGCCCCCCUAGAAGUGUCAUAAUUGAGGAAAAGCUGUCAGUUUGUUCAAUGUGUAAAUGUGGGUUUCAGAGAUGCACAAAUGUCAAAAUUUGGAACGAGUCUGAUUUAUAUAAAUGUAAUAAAUGUAUCCUCCACUCGAGACUGAAUCAAGUUUUUAAUUCCAAAUUCUUGGUAACUAAGCGAAAAGGGGGGAAUUACCCUGCGAAAAAACGUAAAAAACCAGUUUUGGAGGAUGAUAGUAGUAGCGACAGCGAUGUGGUAAUUGUUGAGUCAAAGGGAGAGACUAUUAGUGACAGUAUUUUUGUUACCAAAGUUUUGUAUGUUUGCUCCAAAUGUAAGGUGAAAUUCGAAAGGAGUGACACUGUGGGUCUGAAGGAGGCUUCUGAUUGGUCCAAAUGUAACAAAUGCAUAUUGCAUGGCCGCCUCAAUUCAGUUUUUACACCCGGAAGGAGAAAAAGUCAAUUUAAAUAAUUUUAUUGUAAUAUUUGUUAUACAAUAUCACAAGAUUUGUCUCUAACACACUAAUUGUCUUCAUAAAGCACAGUUCGUAAAAUUCCUUACAAAAA